CACGUGCAGUUUCAAGAAGUGUUCAAAAUAAUAAUAAAAUUAGAACUCGGACACAAAAUGAGCGAAUCCAGUGGCAAAAUAAAGUAUUUAAUUGCUGAUACGACGGCUUUCAUCAAUGCCGUGCCACUCAAUGAAUAUGCGGACAAUGUUCUUACGGUUCCUGAUGUAGUGGCCGAGGUUCGGAAUAAGCGCCAAAUACGCCGACUUUGCGUGCUUCCAUUUGAUCUGCAGGUGCGUGAGCCGCGCCCCGACAGUGUAAAACAUUGUGUGGAUUUUGCUAAAAAGACGGGCGACUACGCCAGCCUCUCGGGAAUCGAUCUAAAGGUAAUUGCUCUCACCUAUGAACUAGAGGCAGACACCGUGGGCACGGCCCAUUUGCGCACAGAGCCCGUGGUUUCACAAGUGUUCGCCUCAAAGGACAAGCCCGAAGAGAUGCAGGAUGGCAACAAUAAACGUAUGGUCGGCUGGUAUAUGCCUGAUGGUAAUGAACAGUCCGAUGCUGACAGUGGCACCGAUGACGAAGAGGAAGACUUCAGUGAAGAUGAAGCUGCUGCAGAACCUGCUAAAUGCAAUGAAAAGGACUCAGUGAAGGCAGCCAUAGAAGCUCAGCUGCGUGGAGACGCUCCGCUGGCGGCAGAGCCUGCGUCCAGCUCAACACAUACAGAGCAAGUAAUUGCUUGUGAGGAGGAGGAAGAGGGAGACGAGGACGAUCUCACACAGGAUCAACUGGACAAGCUAUUUGAAAAGCUCAAAUGUGUGCCAUCCGAAGAAGAGGAACAGAACACCAGCGAGUUGCUGGUACCACAGCCUAAAGUAGAUAGCGACCCUGAGGAAGAAGAACUGGAAAGCAGCAACAACAACGAUAACGACGAUGUGGGUGACGACGGCUGGAUAACACAUUCAAACAUCAAGAAAGCAAAGAAAGCGCUCGAAGGAAAAGUAGAAAUGGACCUUGUACCACCAGUGGCGUGCAUGACCACCGACUACGCUCUACAGAAUGUGCUUAAGCAACUCAAUCUGCACCUGGCUGCUCUCAAUGGACGCAUUAUCAAACAACUUCGCACGUACAUUUUGCGUUGCUACGCUUGCUUCAAAACAACCAGCAUAAUGACCAAAGCAUUCUGUCCCAAUUGCGGCAAUAAGACGCUUAAACGUGUAGCUGUCAGCCUGGACGAGAAUGGCAAACAGAUCAUACACAUAAAUACGCGUCGCCCGUUGUCGACCAAGUAUAAGAAUCAGAGCCUGCCGCGCUUCCAAGGCGGCAAACAUUCACGUAAUCCCAUACUCUUCGAGGAUCAGCCUAUGCCUCGGCAGAUGCCCUCGCGUGUGGCCAAGACCAAAACGAAUGCUCUUAAUGAGGACUAUAUAUCGGGCUUCUCGCCUUUUGUGAUGCGUGAUGUAGACUCCAAGUCGGCAAUAUUACGCUCCAAGGGCCAUCUGAAAGAGUGGGCACGCAAUAACAAUUUUGAAGAGGAUCGAAGGCGAAAAAAUUAUAAUCGCCUGUAUAAGUAAAAGCGUAGUAUAGAUUUGUAUGUUAAUAAACUCAAAUUGUAUCCAAAUUA